UAAUAAUAAAUAAUAAAUUAUACAAAUUAUAAAAUGAGUUCUAUUUCUCUAAAGGAAUUUGAGAGUCUUCACGAUAAGCUUUUGAACUGUUAUUCCCAGGUGUUCCCAACUAAUUUUGAGAAGGUUGACCAAAAGACAUUUUGUAGAUCAGAAAGGCAGCAAUUAGAGGAAGUCUUCAUGCACAACAAGCUUACGCUAAAUGCUUUCUUUGAGUCUAAAAAAUCUACUUAAGCUGGAGUCUUGUUUGAGGAGU